AUGUCUUCCGUUGGGCUCUUGAAGCUUGUGGUGUUGCAAUGGCUUGUCUCUAGGCUUUCUUUGGGAGGAACACAUUACUAUGAUUUUGUCGUAAGUACUUUGUCUGAUCGUGUGUACAUACAUGCAUCUGUGGAGACAGCUAAGUACACUAGAUUGUGCAGUACAAAGCAGAUAUUGACUGUGAACAGGCAAUUCCCCGGACCAACAUUAUAUGCAAGGAGGGGAGAUACAAUGGUGGUCAAAGUCUGCAAUCUAGCAGCAUACAACGUAACAAUCCACUGGCAUGGAGUGAAAAUGCCAAGAAAUCCAUGGUCAGAUGGGCCAGCGUACAUAACGCAGUGCCCUAUCAAGCCAGGGGGAAGCUUUACCUACAUAAUCGAUCUCUCUGAUGAAGAAGGGACUGUAUGGUGGCAUGCACAUACUGAUUGGAUCAGAGCAACUGUUCAUGGUGCCAUUGUGGUCUAUCCCAAGCUUGGCGACUGUUACCCCUUCCCAAAACCUCACAAAGAAUUUAUAGUCAUACUUGGGGAAUGGUGGAAGAAAGACGUUACGGAAAUGUAUAAUGAAACCAGAGGAGGAUUAGAGCCAGAACCAUCUGAUGCCUACACUAUCAAUGGCCAGCCUGGUGACUUGUAUCCCUGCUCAAAGACAGAGACGUUCACCAUGCAAUUAGAAGAAGGAAACAUCUACCUCCUCCGAACGAUCAACGCCGGCCUCACCAAUGCCAUGUUCGUCUCCAUCGCCGGGCACGAGAUCACGAUGGUCGGAUCCGACGGAAGCUACAUCAAACCCAUAACCACACAGUACUUCAUGAUCAGCCCGGGCGAGACAAUGGACCUCCUCAUUCAGGCCGACCAGAACCCCAACUCACUCUACUACUUGGCUUCGAGAGCCCUAAACUACGAAGACCCGAAACACUUCGAUACGACAACCGCAACAGCAAUUAUAACUUAUCGGACGGACAUCCCUCAGUUGAUCGGCCGGCGAUUUCUCAUAGCCGUUGCGUUGAACAAGAUUCAUGAUAAAUUUGCUGCGAGCUUGAAUAACAUAAGCUUUAAUCCUAGCACGUCCAUUGACAUACUUGAGGCUUAUUAUUACAGGGUGACGUCCGCUUUCGGGGUGAAUUUUCCAGAUGAGCCCCCUUAUUAUUACAAUUUUACAGCCGACGUGCAGCCAAAGGAUGUUUUGGUGCCGAUGGUGGGGAGGGAAGUGCAAUUUUUGGAGUUUGGGGUUGGGGUUGAAAUUGUUUUUCAAGGGACGUCGGUGGUUAUGCCGGAGGACCAUCCCAUGCAUUUGCAUGGAUUUAGCUUUUAUGUUGUUGGAUGGGGGUUUGGUAAUUUUGAUAAGGAGAGGGACCCUUUUGCAUAUAAUCUUGUGGAUCCUCCUUUCAAGAACACGAUUUCGGUUCCGAAGAAUGGCUGGGUUGCUGUCAGGUUUCGGGCCAAUAAUCCGGGUGUAUGGUACUUGCAUUGCCACGUGGAAUCCCAUCUCGUUUGGGGGAUGAGCACGGUGUUGAUAGUGAAGGAUGGUCCGACGCCUGAUUCUCAAAUGCUACGUCCACCUCGAUAUAUGCCUCCGUGUUAA